AUGCCGGCGGCCAGCGGCUGUGGUGGGAUCGGCUGGUGGUGGGCGUGGGACGACGGCGGUGGCGUGAAAAAGAGUAUUCAUAGCAGCGCCACAAAGAAUGGACAUCAUAAUAAUGGUGAAAGGGCUUGUGUCUUGUCGUCAGCUUUUGCGUAUUUCUUGUUUUCUUUCGUCGUUUUGGGGUCGAUUGGGAGCUUGUACGCGAGGUUCAUGGGCACGGCUAACGUGCGCGCGGGUAUGACGACGCUCGGGUGUCAGGAGGACAGUGAGGGUUCGUGGGCUAUAGGCAUUUUCUAUGGGGAUUCCCCCUUUACUCUCAAACCAAUUGAAGCUAUGAAUGUCUGGAAGAACCAAACUGCAGCAUGGCCUGUAGCUAACCCAGUUGUCACUUGUGCAUCACUUUCCGGUGCCGGGUUCCCCAGCAACUUUGUUGCAGACCCAUUUCUUUAUGUAAAGGAUGAUAUCCUGUACCUGUUCUUCGAAACAAAAAAUACAAUCACAAUGCAAGGCGACAUUGGAGUUGCACUAAGUUUAGACAAGGGAGCCACAUGGCAGCAGUUAGGCAUCGCCCUCGAUGAAGAUUGGCACCUCUCUUAUCCUUAUAUCUUCGAGUAUAACGGAAUUAUAUAUAUGAUGCCUGAGGGAAGUUCUAAAGGUGAUCUCCGCCUGUACCGUGCAAUCAACUUCCCCCUCGAGUGGACAUUCGAUAAAAUCAUAAUGAAAAGGCCGCUCGUUGACUCGUUCAUGAUCCCUCACGAGGGAAAAUUUUGGCUUUUCGGCUCCGACCACAGUCAGAUCGGCUCUCGCAAGAAUGGACAUCUUGAAAUCUGGUACAGUCACUCUCCUUUCGGCCCCUGGAGACCCCACAAAAUGAACCCCGUUUAUAACACGGGCCGAAGCACAGGAGCUCGAAACGGAGGCAGGCCUUUUGUAUUCAAUGGCAGUCUCUAUCGAGUCGGUCAGGACUGCGGUCAAACAUACGGUCACCAUAUUCGCAUCUUCAAAUUGUUAACCCUCACAACUGACAAGUUCAGAGAGGCCGAGGUCCCAUCAGGCCUCGACCUACCCGUUAAGGGACAAAAAAAAUGGAAUACGGCCCGGGCCCACCACCUCGAUGUGCGGCAGCUUGGGUCCGGUGGAUGGGUUGCAGUGCUUGAUGGGGAUCGGGUCCUGUCGGGCGACCCGACCCGCCGGUUCCUGCUCGGGUCAGUCUUGGCUGUUACCCUUUUUGCUACUAUCCUAUUCGGGGCUGUUAUUGGAAAGAGAAGUGAUAACACCAGUAAUAACAGCGUUAAUAACUUUACCACUCUCCGGCCGAACAGGGCCAGGUCGAGGCUAAGACUGAGAACCUGCUGCACGGGUAUUUUCGUACUGAUUCUUAUUCUAGCAGCUGUGAUUCUGACGUUUGCCGCAGUCACACGCAUCUACGGUCGUGGCACAGACGAACCGUACUCGCUCGGCGGAGACUACUCACAGUUCACCCUCGUGAUGAUGUCAUCACACCUGCCGAACCUGAAAAUGCUCGUGAGGCGCUACUCGAGGUGUGCCUCAGUGCGGGAAAUUGUUAUAGUGUGUGACAAAGGGGAACAGGCAAGCAAUUUCGACUCGGCCGUGCCUAUCAGGGUACGAAAUGACGAGGGGCAAAACAGGUCCGACCCAUUGUUGGAAACCCGAGCGGUCCUCGAGCUCGACGAUGACAUCAUGAUGACGUGUGACGACAUCGAGCGGGGCUUUCGGGUGUGGCGUGAGCACCCAGACAAGAUGGUAGGGUUCUACCCCCGGAGAGACAAUUCGAUCUUGACGGGGGCAGCUUUCGUGGACCGAUCGGUCCUCGGGAGGUAUUGGGGUGAGGAGCAUUUUAACUGUGAGGAUUUGCUGAUGUACGCUAAUUUGUCGGGCCGCGGCAGGGGAGUGGUGGAGUACGUAAGGCGGCCCCCAUGGGUGGUGGUGGACACAUACAAGAUAUUUAGGAUGGCAAACAUUAGGAACAAGUGUCUGGCCAAAUUCGACGGCAUUUAUGGGAGUUUGAGUGGUAGGAAAGUGAAGUUUGGCAUAAGGAGGACCGACGGAACAAGCCCUCUUCACGCGUUGGGGACGUGCCCGCUUCUUCUUUGUUCGUCGCCCCUCCUCCACUUGAGACCUGCCGCCGCGCUACUCGAGCCAUGUUCCACCGAGUCGGGGCUUGGGGCCCUUUUUUCCGCCUCUUUCGAGGACUUCCGGAAGUUUGGUCGGAGUUGGCACUCUCUGCUACGCCAUCUCUCCGACUAA